UCGUACAGGGUAAUUUCAUCGAGAACAAUGUCUCAUGUGCUUUCGUUAGCUCUGAUCGGUUUGGUGGUCUGUCAGGGUUUAGCACAACUUCUGGAUGAAAAGUGUCACGAUCCAGAAAUUUCAAAGAAUAUCAAUUUCAAUCAUGGUGCAAUUGAGGCAGCACCCUGGAUGGCACGCAUUUACAAUAAUAACCAAUUUAUCUGCGAAGGAACGCUUGUUCACAAAUUGUUCGUCCUAACGGCCGCAAGUUGCAUAUUGAGAGAUAGUCAACUGUACGUUCUUUUGGGGAUGUACAGCCAACACAACAACGAAUCGCAUUUCUCUAACAACGAACAAUAUGGAGUGGCGGUGGCUAUUCAAAAUUCCAUGUCCUAUCCAAACAAUGGCGUAAACGAUAUAGGUCUUUUAAGACUUUACGGUGAAGUGACGUAUAAUGCCCACAUCCGUCCGAUUUGUAUAAUAUUAGAUCAUGUGGUAAGGUCAGCACCAUUUGAAAGACUUAAGGCCUUUGGAUGGAUGCAACAGAGAACUGAAGCAUCCAGCCAAGUGGGGCAGACCGUAUAUCUCUCCCAGAAAAAGCCAUUUGAGUGCCAUCGAAAUGGCCAGUGGUUGCCCAUUAACGAGGGGCAAUUCUGCGCCGGGAAUAAUGAUAGGAGUUUCUGUGAAGGUUACUCCGGCAGUCCGCUGACGGCUGAUUUCACCUACGGCGAAAGAAAUAUCACCGUUCAGGUUGGAAUGGUGAGCUACGGCAGCGAGUUGUGCAGCCCAACUAGCGUCUAUACAGAUGUUGUGGCCUUCAAGGACUGGAUAUAUAGAACUGUCAGGAAAUACGAAACUAAAGGGGAUCAGGUUGUGUACGAAGAAUGCAGGAGCAACUGGGCGGAGGAUGUCCUUGUUCGCCUGUGGGAGGUAUCUCUCCUUCAGAAUACUAUCUCUGGCGUUCUUAUUACGAAUAAAUUUGUCUUGACGGUGGCCAGUGCUUUCCGUAACAUUCCUCUUGCAAUGAAGGUGGAAACUAAAUAUGGCAAAAGUCUCGACGUGGAAUCGAUCCAUAGGCAUCCCCUCUUCACGUUUCCAUCGAUGGACAACGAUAUUGCAUUGCUUAAACUAGCUUACGAUGUGCCAAACUCAGAUCUUGUGAAGCCAAUCUGCAUUGUAUCAAGUCCCGAAUUGCCAAGGAUGUUAACUGCACUUGUGGAUGAGACCACCAAUGAUUUUAGAGGCGUCAGAAAUUUGAACCCCAUCAAACACAUUGAAUGCGCCAGACGAAUUGGGAAACCACUAAAAAGUAACCAAUUUUGUGUCGAAAAACCUAGUGAUUUUGAAGUUCAAGCGCCAGGCUCAAUCAUAGGCACAUAUAGAAAUAUCGGCGAUGGUAAUAGGUACUAUCUUAUUGGCCUAAUGAGCUACAGUAAGGACGGCAUGCUGGUCUACACUGAAAUACAAAGCUUUUUGGAUUGGAUAAUGGAUAAAGUUUAUUAUGAUUAAAUAUAUAAUAAAUAA